UUCUUAAGAGAAACUGACACACACACACAUACACACACACACACACACACACACCCUCUGGCUGCGUGUGUGAGGUGCCACAUCGAAAAGGAAUAUAAACCGCGGAAAAUGCGCAUCAUGCUGCUGAUCCUGCUGCAGUUGUUGGUCCUUGCUUCGUGUGCUCCUCGACGGUGUGACCCAGGCUUUCGGGGACAGUGCAAGCCAACAGUGGAAGAAAAACCCAAAUGCACAGAUGUGUUGCUAUCCUACUGCGACGACAUGGCCUACACUCAGACCAUGUUCCCAAACAUCCUCGGCCACAAGACCCGCGAAGACGCCGAGGCUGGCGCCGAGUACCUCCUCAUGAGCGUGGCUGAGACUCUGCUCGGGGGAGAGUGCAACCCUGAAAUCCGCAUGCUGGGCUGCUCUGUGUUGGCUCCACGCUGCGAGAAGGAGAAGGUGCUGAAGCCCUGUCGCGCCACCUGUGAGGCGGUGCGUAAAAGAUGCAGCCACGCUUUCGAGGCGAUAGAGAUGGCUUGGCCCUACUUCCUGGACUGUGAUCGCUUCUUUGUCAGUGACCAAGAGGGAUGUUAUGACCCCCUGGAGGGCCUCAGAGCAGAGCAGGAUGUAGAAGCCAUUGACAGCAUGGAAAUCCUUGCUCCUGAGGAGCCCGCUACCACGAUACAGUUCACCUACCACUCCAACGCCCAGAUGAUCAGUAUCUUGAAGAAAACUGAGGAACGAUGCACCGACAUAGCGAGAACCUACAGCAUCGGCCGCAGUAUGGAGGGCAGGGAGAUGCUCGUGAUCGAGUUCUCAAACAACCCCGGCGAACAUGAACUGCUUGAGCCAGAGAUAAAGUACAUCGGCAACAUGCAUGGAAAUGAAGUCCUGGGCCGCCAGCUGCUGAUCUACUUGGCUCAGUACCUGUGCUCAGAGUAUCUGCUGGGGAACGAGCGCAUCCAGACCCUCAUCAACACCACCCGCAUCCACAUUCUGCCCUCCAUGAACCCUGACGGAUACGAGGUGGCUGUUUCUGGAGUCCAGGACAAUAACUACGGUGAUGAGGACGAGGGUCAAAGACGUGAUUCUUGGAACAUCGGCAGAAACAAUGCUCAGAACAUCGACCUGAACAGAAACUUCCCAGAUUUGACGUCCAUUGUUUACAACCGACGCAGACAAAAGGGCUACCGCACCGACCACAUCCCAAUCCCAGACUAUUACUGGUUUGGUAAGGUUGCACCAGAGACUUACGCUGUCAUGAAAUGGAUUCGCUCUGUGCCGUUUGUGCUCUCCGCUAACUUCCAUGGCGGAGACCUGGUGGUGUCCUACCCCUACGACCUGUCCAAACACCCGCUGGAGCGUAACAUGUUCUCCCCAACACCGGACGAUCAGGUUUUCAAGCUUCUUGCAAGAACAUACGCAAAUUCCCACGAAUCAAUGACCAAUGAAAAUGCCCAGUGUGGAUCAUCUCGUACUAACAGUCAAAAGGGAAUCAUUAAUGGCGCACAGUGGUCCAGCUUAGCAGGCAGCAUGCAAGACUUCAACUAUCUUCACACCAACUGUUUUGAGGUGACUGUGGAGCUGGGUUGUGAGAAAUUCCCACCUGAAGAGGAAUUGUUUAUCGGCUGGCAUGAAAACCAUGAGGCUUUAAUCACAUUUAUGGAAGCAGCCCAUCGAGGCAUCAAAGGCAUUGUAAAAGACGAGGAGGGAAAUGCAAUGAAAGGUGUGCGGAUAUCAGUCAGAGGAAUACGGCAUGACAUUACCACAGCUGAAAACGGAGAAUACUGGCGCCUCCUCACCCCUGGCAUCCACAUCGUGACCGCCUCGGCCCCAGGCUACACCAGAGCUAUGAAGAAAGUCCACCUGCCUCCUCACAUGCACACAGCAGGCCGAGUGGACUUUGUGCUGCAGAAAGCUUCUCUAGAGCCUGACAUGCAAGAAGAGGAUGACACUAUCCCGUCUAUGGGCACCUAUGACCGCUUUGACCCUUACAAUCAGUACGAGCGCUACACCCUGAUGGCUGAUUUGAGCCAGAACCGCGAGGAGAGAGCAGAGAAGCCCUGGUGGUGGAACUACUUUGUCCUGCCGGGAGGACCUGCGCCAACCUGGCUGCUCAAACACUAUUAGAGCUUUUAAUGGGAGAAGUGGAAGAAUAGUAUCUCUUUCUACAGUAUACACACAAACCGAGCUAUCAUGUAGUGAAUGUGCUGCUUUUUAUUGGCGCAGAAAAGUGCUGGCCUUCAUGUUAGCUGUCAUGCUUGUAUCUAUAUGUGCCCUGUUUGGUCCCAAGCCCAAACCUGAAAUUAUAAUGUAAACACCUUACAAGCCUGACACUAACAUAACUUCAAUUAAUGGCCAUGAUGAAAUAAACGUUUGUUAAAGACUUUUCUAGAAAUUUUACAGCAGAAAUAAAGAGCUUUUAUGUCAAUAAAAUUAUUGUGGUAUAUAGUCCAUAGCUGCACUGAAGCUCGCAAGGCAAGUUUAUUUGUACAGCAACCUUCAAACAUGUAUCAGAACAACAUUUAAAAGACACAAUUCAAAGGAAACUAAACAUGUUGAAAAAGAGUACUUUUAUUCCGAAUGACCCACUUGCAAUCUUGGUUCAAUUAUUAGAUCUUUAGUAGGUAAUGAAACCAGGUGGCCACUGGGGGGCAGGCUGAAUCAACUUCUGGCCCAAGUUACUGCAAACCAUGGAGUCUGGUUAUUCUUCCACACAGUGUACAGAUUGUAAAAUUAGCAGAAAUAGUGCUGUACAGGUGUGUGAGUCAGAGUUUUGUAGGAUUAAAAAGCUCUCCUGGU